AUGAAGAUGAAUUAUCUAACGAUGUGUUUCGAAUCAUUUAAAAAAACCGACAUAUUAAUUGUUUUAUUAACUACAAUACUUAUUUAUGUAACACAUUUUUAUUAUAAAUAUUUUACCAGAAUAAAUCCUCUUCCAGGACCAAUACCACUUCCAAUUAUUGGAAAUCUUUUAAAUAAAUCUGGAGAUUUAGAUGAAUGGUUUUUAAAAUUACAUAAAAAAUAUGGCGAUAUAUUUGAAGUUGUAUUAUUAGGACGAAGAAGAAUAAUUCUUUGUCGUGGGGAUUAUAUUGAAAAUAUGUUAAACCAUUCAAAAAAUACUAAAUAUUUUCUUCGAUUUCCUCAUUUAAAAGAAUUAGAUGAUUUAAAAUAUUUUGGUACUGGAAUUAUAACUAAUUAUAAUUAUAAUUCUUGGAAAUAUAAUAGAACAUUUUUUUCUCAAGCUAUACUUACACCUAGUUUUGCUAAUGAAGCUUUAAAUCAAGGUCAUCAAUUAUUUUAUGAAAUGGAAAAUUAUUGGAAAGAUAUUGGUCCUGAUACUCCAACAGAUUAUUCAGCUUGGAUGCAACGUUUUACAAAUGAUAUGAUUAUAGUUUUAACUACAGGAAAAAGAAUUUAUUCUUUACCUUCUUAUUUUAAUACAAUAAGUGAAAAAAAAUCUGAUGUUCCUCCUGCUUCAAUUGAAGAUUCUGAAGCAUUUAUUAAAUCUCUUCGAAUGUUAAUUUUAGGAAAUGCCUUCUUUAUUAUUAUACCGACUAUUAUUAGACGUUAUUUUCCUUUCUUUAAACAACAUCAAGAUAAAUUAUUGAAAAAUCGGGAUUAUUUUUAUAGUAAACUUGAACAAAUUAUUGAAAAUAGAAGAAAAGAAAUUGAAGAAACUCCAUUAGAUGUAUCUCUCAGACAUGAUAUGUUGACUUCUUUUAUUACAGCAAAUACACCCCGUGAUAUCAAUAAAACUAGAAAUGUUGAUGAAGAAUUCUUGAGACCUAUGACAGAUGAAGAAAUUCUUGGAAGUAUGGGAGAUGCUAUAGCUGGUGGUACUGACACGACCGCGAAUUCUUUAAGUUUUAUUGCUUAUUAUCUUCAACAUAAUCCGGAAAUAAAAGAAAAAUUACGACAAGAACUUUAUCAAGUCCUUGGAGAUGAUACGACGCGCCCAGUAACAAAUGGAGAUCUUGAUAAACUUAAAUAUACUGAAGCUGUUAUCUAUGAAAUAGCUCGCAUAAAACCUGUUAUCAACAUGAUGAUGAGAUAUAGUAGUGAACCUGACGAAAUCGCUGGUUAUAAAUGGCCAGCAAGGACUAUGUUUCAUAUGAAUUUUGCAGCUAUCAAUAAAAAUAAAGCUCAUUGGGAAGAUCCUGAGAAGGUAGAUCCAGAGAGAUUUAUGAAAAAAGAUGAAAAGAGGCAUAAAUGUGCUUUUAACAUGUGGGGUGGGGGUCUAAGGAUUUGUCCAGGACGAAAACUUGCAAUGAUUGAAUUGAAACUUUUAACUGCAUUGAUUUAUAGAAAGUAUGAUGUAGAAUUAGUUGAUAAGAAUGCGCCAUUAAAAACGAAAUCUACUGCAUUAACUACCUGUCAAGAAUUAAUGGUUAAAAUUAAACCUCUAAAUCCUAACUAA